UUUUUAAUUCGUAUAAAUAAUAAUAUGAAAUCUGUGUGUUGGUUAAAUUUUCGACGAGUUUUCUCAUCAAUGGUGCGCCAGCAUUUUGCCAAGGAAUGUGAAGUGGCCUUGAAUAAACAGAUCAAUCUGGAAUUGAAUGCAUUCUAUAGAUAUUUGGCAAUGGCAUUUCAUUUUAAUCGCAGUGAUGUUGCCUCGCCCGGAACAUUUCGAUUUUUCAAAACAGCCAGCGACGAAGAACAUCAACAUGCCAUUAAAAUAAUGGAAUAUAUCAAUAAAAGAGGUGGUGAUAUAAAACUCAUGCCUAUUGAAGAACCAAAACAGUCCUAUGAAUCGAUUAAGGAUGCAAUGCUGGAAGCUUUGGAUAUGGAAAAGUCGGUUAAUGAGGCCCUUCUGGAAGCCCAUGCCAUUGCAUCGGCAAACAAUGAUCCAAAUAUGUGUGAAUUCUUGGAGUCGCAUUUUUUGCAAGAACAAGUGGAUGGCAUCAAACAACUGGCGGAUUAUAUUACACAAAUUGAAACCUCCGAAUGUGAGCUCAGUAAUUAUUUGUUUGACAAGUAUUUAUUGCACGAGGAUCAAAGUAUGCACAAGAAAUAAACAAAUUGGAUUUAAUUUUUAAAUAAAAAUAUAACAAAAUUUA